CCGCGCGGCGCAGCGCUGACGCCAUCCGUUCGCGCCGCAGCCCGGCCUUGGCAGCGCCGGGUGACGGGCGCCUGCGCAGUGGCUCCCAGCGGGCGGUUGCUUGUUGGUUGUUGUAGUAACGGGGGAAGCAGCCGUCGGCAGCCACGGUGAGCCCGGCUGGAACAGGAGGAGGGAGGCAGGCGCAGAGUGCGGUCCCCACCUGCCCGCCGGAGCCAUGGGAAGAUGAAACAGGAAUCCGGGCUCCCCGAGUUGUUUGAUCCGGUGAGUCUGCAAGGAAAGGUCGUCGAGGCCCCUGUCUGCGGACUGUAUGACAGACUCCCGAGGAAAUGCCCGUCGUGAUGGCCCGGGACCUGGAGGAAACAGCGUCAUCCUCCGAGGAUGAGGAGGUGGUAAGCCAAGAGGAUCAUCCAUGUAUCAUGUGGACCGGUGGCUGCAGGAGGAUUCCGGUUCUGGUUUUCCAUGCUGAGGCUAUCCUGACCAAGGACAACAACAUUCGAGUAAUUGGAGAACGUUAUCAUUUAUCUUACAAGAUUGUACGGACUGACAGUCGCCUAGUACGCAGCAUUCUAACAGCCCAUGGAUUUCAUGAAGUUCACCCAAGCAGCACUGACUAUAACCUCAUGUGGACAGGAUCCCAUCUGAAGCCCUUCUUACUUCGCACCCUCUCUGAAGCACAAAAGGUCAAUCACUUCCCCAGGUCUUACGAACUAACCCGGAAGGACCGAUUAUACAAAAACAUAAUUCGAAUGCAGCACACACAUGGAUUCAAGGCUUUCCACAUCCUCCCGCAGACCUUCCUCCUGCCAGCUGAGUACGCGGAAUUCUGUAAUUCAUAUUCAAAGGACCGGGGACCUUGGAUAGUAAAACCAGUGGCCUCUUCCAGGGGCCGGGGCGUCUACCUGAUCAACAAUCCAAACCAGAUUUCCCUGGAAGAGAACAUCCUGGUCUCCCGUUACAUUAGCAACCCCCUGCUUAUAGACGAAUUCAAGUUUGACGUACGCCUGUACGUGCUCGUGACUUCCUAUGAUCCUCUGGUCAUCUAUCUCUACGAAGAAGGACUGGCUCGGUUUGCCACUGUGCGUUAUGAUCAAGGAGCCAAGAAUAUUCGGAACCAGUUCAUGCACCUGACGAACUACAGUGUGAAUAAGAAGAGUGGAGACUAUGUCAGUUGUGAUGAUCCAGAAGUGGAGGAUUAUGGGAACAAAUGGAGCAUGAGUGCUAUGCUUCGGUACCUGAAGCAAGAGGGCCGGGAUACAACCGCGUUGAUGGCCCAUGUAGAAGACCUGAUCAUUAAGACCAUCAUCUCUGCUGAGCUCGCCAUAGCUACGGCCUGUAAGACCUUUGUCCCUCAUCGCAGCAGCUGCUUUGAACUCUAUGGCUUUGAUGUACUCAUAGAUUCUACUCUGAAGCCAUGGUUGUUGGAAGUGAAUCUGUCUCCUUCUCUGGCCUGCGAUGCACCUUUGGACCUCAAGAUCAAAGCCAGUAUGAUUUCAGAUAUGUUCACGGUUGUAGGAUUUGUGUGCCAAGAUCCUUCCCAGCGGGCAGCGACCCGGCCAAUUUAUCCCACCUUUGAGUCUUCCAGGCGAAACCCUUUCCAGAAACCUCAGCGUCCAGUCUCUGCACAGUUUCACUCAUCAAGCACCAAGCAGCGUUCCCGUCCACUCUCUGCCAGUGAUGCAGAAAUGAAAAACCUUGUGGGGUCUGCCCGGGAGAAGGUGCCGGGGAAGUUAGGUGGUUCUGUGCUUGGCCUGUCCAUGGAGGAGAUCAAAGUUUUACGGAGGGUGAAGGAAGAGAAUGAUCGGAGAGGUGGAUUCAUUCGCAUAUUUCCUACAUCCGAGACGUGGGAAAUCUAUGGGUCCUACCUUGAGCACAAGACCUCCAUGAACUACAUGUUAGCAACACGUCUCUUCCAGGACAGAGUGACUGCGGACGGAGCACCAGACUUGAAGGUAGAGAGUGUGAAUUCAAAGGCCAAGCUGCACGCUGCUCUCUAUGAGAGGAAGCUUCUGUCUCUGGAGGUGCGAAAACGUAGACGGCGGAGUGGCCGAUUGAGGGCAAUGAGGCCAAAAUACCCAGUGAUUACCCAACCAGAAAUGAACGGUAAAACCGAGACAGAGAGUGAAGAGGAAGAAGAAGUCGGCUUAGACAAUGAAGAUGAAGAACAAGAAGUGUCCCAGGAGGAGUCUGCAGGAUCUGCUGGAGAAAAUCAGCCCCCAUAUACCUCCUCAGUGACUGUUACAGUAGAAAAUUCACCCAAAGAAAAUCCCCUUAAAGUUUCCGAAUGGAACAAUAAAGAACAGUGCUGCAAAACUGAGACCCAGGAGGCAGAACCUAAAUUUAACCUGAUGCAGAUUCUGCAAGAUAAUGGGAAUCUCAGCAAAGUGCAGGCUCGAAUAGCAUUCUCUGCCUAUCUCCAGCAUGUUCAAAUUCGCCUGAUGAAAGACAACGGAGGCCAGACUUUGAGUGCCAGCUGGGCUGCCAAAGAGGAUGAGCAGAUGGAGCUGGUAGUUCGUUUCCUCAAGCGGGCGUCCAGUAACCUCCAGCAUUCAUUAAGGAUGGUAUUACCUAGUCGGCGACUGGCACUCCUAGAACGCAGGAGGAUCCUGGCUCACCAACUAGGUGACUUCAUCAUUGUGUACAACAAGGAAACAGAACAAAUGGCUGAAAAGAGAUCAAAGAGGAAACUGGAGGAGGAAGAGGAAGAUGGAGUGAAUCCGGAAAGCUUCCAGAAGUUCAUCAGACAAGCAAGUGAGGCCGAACUGGAAGAGGUGCUGACUUUUUACACCCAAAAAAACAAGUCUGCAAGUGUCUUCCUGGGGACUCAUUCCAAAAGUUCUAAGAACAGCAGUAGUUAUUCUGAUAGUGGGGCAAAGGGUGAUCACCCUGAGACAGUGGAGGAAGUGAAAAUCAAGCAGCCGAAACAGCAGCAGGCAACAGAAAUCCACUGUGACAAACUAUCACGAUUCACCACUUCAGCAGAAAAAGAGGCUAAAAUAGUCUAUGCCAAUCCUCCCUCUGCUGUUUUCUCUGGUCCUGUAGCUGCUCCGCUCCACAAGAUUCCCAACACUCAUUUGUCAUCUGUUAUUUCCUCCACUGACCUCUCGCCCGCAUUGGGCCACCAUGCUUCCUUAGCGCAAUUUCCUCCAGCAAUUCCCAGCAUGCCUCACCAGCCGCCCAUUUUACUGAGCCCAGUCCCCGACAGUGCUCCCCCCUCGAUGCAUUCUGGGACACAGAAUGUACCAAGCCCGGCGGGCUUACCACGCUGUCGAUCGGGCAGUUACACCAUCGGCCCCUUUUCCUCCUUCCAAAGUGCUGCGCACAUCUAUAGCCAGAAACUGUCUCGUCCCUCUUCAGCCAAGGCAGCAGGUUCAUGUCAUCCAAACAAGCAUCAUUCAGGAGCAACCAAAUCACAGAAGGAGGGAGAAGAUGCUGCUUUGUAUGGCAAACGGUACAACCAAAGCAUGGUUACGGCUGAACUGCAGCGGCUGGCUGAGAGGCAGGCGGCAAGGCAGUACUCUCCAUCUAGCCACAUCAGUCUCCUCACCCAGCAGGUAACAAACCUGAAUUUGGCAAGUGGCAUCAUGAACAGAAGCAGUGCUUCGACACCCCCAACCCUCAGACCCGUCCUCAGCCCCAGUGGGCCAACAUGGUCCAUGCAGCCAGACCCCCACACUCCCGAGAGCCACUCCAGCCCGCCCGGAACCAGGAGCCUCCAAACAGGUGGCUUUGCAUGGGAGGGGGAGCUGGAGAACAAUGCAUAUAGCAAGGCGACAGGAGUGGUCCCCCAACACAAGUAUCACCCCACGGCCGGCAGUUACCAACUUCAUUUCGCCCUGCAGCAGCUUGAACAGCAAAAACUUCAGUCCCGGCAGCUUCUGGACCAGAGUCGAGCCCGGCACCAGGCAAUCUUUGGUAGCCAGGCACUGUCUAACUCCAAUCUGUGGACCAUGAAUAAUGGUACAGGCUGCAGAAUAGCAAGUGCCACAGCCGGUGGCCCGAAGCCAACCACGCUGCCACAAAAAGUGGUGCCACCUCCCAGUUCCUCUGCCUCCCUGGUCCCCAAGCCUCCGUCCAGUCAUAAGCAAGUACUCAGAAAGGCCACAUCACAGAGGGCUUCCAAUACUCACUUCAGAUCCUCCUUUCAGAACUAUUUGUGGUAUUUCUUCCAAGUGGUCAGCUGGACUGAGAAGGACAGCAGCCGAUGAACAACCACGUGCAUCCAAACCUUCUCUCUUCCUGUCCCUGACCUUUCCCCUAGAGCCAGAGUCACACUGCCCAGGAAAUAGGGUGAGACCUGAGGUUUGACGUCUGCCAGGCACGCAGGCUAAACCCAUAGACUAAAGAUGAAGAUGAUAGGACAGAGUCCAAGCUGUUCUUCACUGGCAACGUUCUCUGAAAAUAGAACUGCUAAGAAGCCACGGGGCUUGACUGGGCACCACUGGCAUUGCCCUUCUUCACCAGGACCUCAGGCUAUGCCACCUAUGAGGGACAUCUGUGCAGAGUCAGGAGUAGCUGCUGCUCUGGGUCAGCACCCAGGACAGUAGUGUCUGGGAAAGGCUGCCGGGCAUGAGGAGGGAGCCGAGGGAUCCGGAGGCCCAGCAGCUUAGUGAGUCCUGACACCAGGACAGGGAAGUGAGCGUCAGGCAGAGCCAAGUUUGGUUGUCUUCCUAAGCUGUUGAGUCAUAAAAAGGGAGAAGAUUCUUGCACAAAGGAUUCUGGAGUUAGGAAAAGGACCCAAAAGCUGUUGUUGUGAGCCUAGACGUCAGCCUGUAGGCUAGUCGCAAUCUGUCAGCCUUAUAUCUUGUAUCAUCACAAAAAACACAUUUAAAUCUGUGCCCUACCCAUCUUUCACGUAGGAUCCUCCAAAUCAUUUAUUUCUAAAACAUGUAAAUAUAGUACUUUCCUGUUAGGAGAUGAAGGAGGGGGCAUCAUGAUGGACUGUGAGUGUAGCAAGAUGCACAGAUGGUCACUGUGACAACAAAAGCCGGGACUCAUACCAUCCCCCGUGCUAACCACAGACCUCUCAGCAGAGCACUGAUUUCAGAAGUUCGCACCAGUCCAUUCGAGUAUAUCUGUACAGCAAAUGGCAUAUUAAUCACCCUAACAUACUGCUUUUGGAUAUGAACAGUGGAAGCAUCUGGAAUCUUGAUCCCCUC